AUGAGGCUCAAAACCCUAGAGGCCAGAGGGGCCCCAGGGGCCCCAGGGGCCCCUACAAGUUCCGGGGGCCCCAGGGGCCCCAAGAAAUCCCAAAGACCCCAGGGGACGCUAGAAGUUCCAGGGGCCCCAGGGGCCCCAGGGGCCCCGGAGAAUCUCAGGGGCCCCUGGGGGCUGCAGGAGCUUCUGGGAGCCGUGGGGCCCUCAUCAGUCUCUAUUGCAGCACUAAGCUGCCUCUGCUGCAGCAGCAAGGGUCUUAGACGCGGCGGCAGCACUUUUCGGGCCCCAAGAGCCCUUCGGGGCCCCUGGGGCCCCCAAGAACCCUUGGGGGCUCCGGGGGGCCCCUGGGGCCCCCCAAGAGCUCCUGGGGGGCCCCUGAGGGUCCCUAGGGCCCCCCAGAUAGGCUGUAGAGGCCUUAAUGGCUCUGCUGCUUCUGGCAGGGGCCCCCCACUCAAUUAUUAUAUGAGAAGUCUAAGACCAGAUCUGCAGCAAGUGCUGCUCCAGUGGUUUGCUGCUGCCUUUAAUCCCGGAGAGUUGAAGUCCAAAGAAAGGCUCAUAAGGCAAAAGUGUGCGCACGUGUUCCAGAAGGAUUUACCUUCUUCGUCUGAGUCGGUGGUGUCGAUAGAGACAGUCAGCUCAGCUGAGUCUUCUGCUGCCAGCUCGGACCAGCAGCAGCAGCAGCAACAGCAGCAGCAGCAGCGGAGGAGCCACAGAGGCCGGCGGGGGGGAGGCUCGGCAGCAGUAAAUGGAGAGGAAGCAACGCAGGGAAUGCAACUGGUGCGUCGCGUGCUGGAGUCUUGGGGCCGCACAGUAUCGUCUUUGCGGCGCAGUAGCCGCAUGGCGAGUUCCUCUCCUGCCGCUGCUGCUACUACAACAGCAGCAGCAGCAGCAGCAGCAGCAGGGGCUGGCGCCUCCGCCUCUGCACGACAAAGAAGAAAUCCCCAAGACAGAGACAAUGACAACCCCAGAAGCAGCAGACGCCGCAGCCGUUCAGAAAGGGUGGGGCCCCCAGGGGCCCCGGGGGCCCCCAGGGGCACCCCAGCAGCAGCAGCAGCAGCAGCAGCAGCCCACAGGCGGAGCGCAGAGGCUGAGGGGGACCUGCAGCAUGGCAGGUACCAUCGAGAGGAUCGAGAGGAAUCUGAAGAGAGGCGGCCGCUGCCGGCUCCUGCAGAGGUUGCGCGCCGCACGGCUUCUUUCUUCCAGCGUCGAAUCGGGGCUCUUUACGAGGCCCCGGGUCAGCAGGAGCAGCAGCAGCAGCAAAAGGCAGGACCAGCAGCAGCAGCAGCAGCAGCAGCAUCGGGCAACUCUCGCAGGAGAGACAUGACCCCUGUAGUGGUGCCCCUGGGCACUGUCAGCGGCAUUGGCCUGGCAAGAGAUCACAGGGGGGCCCCCAGGGGCGCCCCCGGGGGGCCCACCAGUCCUGCCAGGGGGGGCCCCUCGUUUCAGCUGCGGCCAAGUUAUGCUGCAGACUUUCUGCUGUGUCCAGGCAGCAGCAGCAGCGCAGCAGCAGGAAGACCUGCUGCUGCAGCGAGGCAGGGAACCGCCUAG